AUGAGCAACACAAUCGACGGAUCGCAAGCGAUGUCUAACGAUAGUGCCAAUGAUACCGUGUUCCAAGACUGUAUUUCAAGAAUGGAUGAGAAACUCGAGGAAGAGUUUGCCACAUGUACUUCGCUGGAGCAAAAGAGGAAUUUUCUGUUGUCUCUGGAGAUAUCGUCAUUCAUUGAGAGUACUGUACAAUUCAUAAUUGUGAUCAUACACCUAAUACAGUACUUGUCAUGGCAAGCCUUUUCGCCAUCGAAUAACAAUUCCAGUAACACAGAUGUGGGAAUUCCUACGGCACAAAAACUAGAUACGGUGAGAAGUCUGUUCCAAGAACACCUUGCUGAGUUGAAGGAAUCUUAUGAGAGACUCAAGCAAAAACAAGAGGGCGAACUGUCUAAUUCAACUUCUGCUCCAAAAUACAGGAAUAUCAUCAGUAGAGAGAGAGCACAGUUCUUAAUCUUACCGAACGAGACACUGGCGUCGGUGAUAAUCAGCAAUGCCCCACAGUUGGCAAUGCUCGUGCAUAACUGCACGAUUGGUUUUGCCAAUAUCUACGAUUUCCUGAAAAAAAUACCGUUGCAUACGCAAUAUAGACUAACUAAACCGCAGGUUGGCAUACUUCUGAAGGUUCUAGGCCAAGAGCUGAUACCCAGUUGGAAGGAGCAACUGGACCGACUGAACACAGCUAUUUUCAAACUCUUAGCUCAAACAGAACCUGUAACCAAGAAAUACAGAGAGGCCACAGGUGUUCAAGAUGCGGACCUUACUCAAAAUGAGACUUACAUGUCAUUUGUCACUUGGCUUAAUAACGAAAUGCUGCAGGAGUUGCGCUUAUCUGACUGA